AUAUUAAUUCUCUUCUGUUGCAUUAUUCAGUUCUGCUGGUGAUCCACUUUUUUCUGGCAAAUUGAAAACUGUUCAUCUAGAACUCACUGUAACUAACUUGACAACUGGUUUUAUGGGUGGUACGUUAAAGGUUUAGGCUAUGGAUGAAUCUGAAGUUCUUCUUCCUGGUUGGUUCAGCAAAAGUCCAUCUGAAGGCGAGUCCCAUUUGUUCUUUAUCUGUUGCUUUAUUUCUGGGUUAAUUGGGAUUCUGACCAUAGCUUACACGGCAUUCCAAUGGAGAAGAAACAUCAACUUGAGUUGGAUGAAAGCCAUAGCCAGAUCAAAGAAAAACCCUAUAAUAAGGAAUAAAGUUCCUGUAUAUCCUCAUACUUGGGUAUUGGAAUUUGCUUCUCGAGGGAAAAGUGUAAGUUGCUGCGUCUGCUUAAAGUCAAUUUCUCCUUCACAGGCUUCGGGGACUGUGGCAGCUCCUGAAAAUUCUAUACAUCGUUGCAAUUUAUGCGGUGCAGCUGCUCAUUUGAGUUGUUCAUCAAAUGCCCAGAAGGAUUGCAAAUGUGUUUCCAUGGUUGGGUAUGACAAUGUGAUCCAUCAAUGGGCUGUUCGUUGGGCAGAGGUCAUGGAUCAACCUGAUGAAACAUCUUUCUGUACCUACUGUGAAGAGCCAUGCAGUGGGUCAUUCCUUGGGGGUUCUCCCAUAUGGUGUUGCUUGUGGUGUCAAAGGCUGGUACAUGUUGACUGUCAUAACAACAUGUUCAAUGAGACAGGUGAUAUUUGUGAUUUGGGGCCAUUUAGAAGGUUGAUUGUGUCACCAGUAUAUGUUAAGGAACUUAACCGGAGUUCCUCGGGGGGAUUCUUGAGUUCUAUUACCCAUGGAGCCACUGAAAUUGCUUCUUCUGUUCGUGCUAGUAUUAAGAGUCAUAGCAAAAAGUACAAGCAGGGAGUUGAAGUCUCCAAUGACACAGGUGAUAGCUGUAUUAUUGCAGACACUUCUUCUGAAAGUACUGACAUUUCCCACACAGUUAAUGGUUCUCAUAUGGUAGAAGAAAGCAGUAAUGGCACUUCGGAAACGGGUUCUCCUGCCAAGCAUCAUGAGCAAUUAAAAAGAUUGGGUUCCAAACCAAGCUUCAAAAAGAGUUCGUCAAUCGACAAGGAUGAAUUUCAGAUAGUGGGGAUGAAACAUAGAUAUGAACUGAUGGACUUGCCACCUGAUUCAAGACCUUUAUUAGUUUUCAUCAACAAAAAAAGUGGAGCUCAACGGGGAGACUCACUCAAGCAACGACUGCGUCUUCUCUUGAAUCCCAUUCAGGUUGUUGAGCUUAGCUCCACACAGGGACCAGAGGAGGGCCUUCAUUUAUUUAGGAAUGUUGCUCACUUCAGAGUUCUUGUAUGUGGAGGAGAUGGUUCUGUUGGCUGGGUUUUGGAUGCGAUAGACAAACAAAACUUUAUUUCUCCUCCUCCUGUUGCAAUUCUUCCUGCUGGAACAGGAAAUGACUUGGCUCGAGUUCUAGGUUGGGGUAGUGGCUUGGGAUCCAUGGAGAGGCAGGGAGGCUUGUGCACUGUUCUUCGUCACAUUGAAUGUGCAGCAGUUACUAUUCUGGAUAGAUGGAAGGUAGAGAUUCAAGAUCAACAGGGAAAGCAUAUUCAAUCUAUGAAGUUCAUGAAUAACUACCUUGGUGUUGGCAUUGAUGCAAAGGUUGCAUUGGAAAUCCAUAACCUAAGGGAAGAGAACCCUGAGAAAUUUUAUAACCAGUUUAUGAAUAAAGUACUUUAUGCUAGAGAGGGUGCCAAAAGCAUUAUGGAUAGAACACUUGCGGAUUUUCCAUGGCAAGUUCGGGUUCAGGUGGAUGAUGUAGAGGUAGAGGUCCCAGAGGAUUCUGAAGGUGUUCUUGUUGCUAAUAUUGGAAGCUACAUGGGUGGUGUUGACUUGUGGCAGAAUGAGGAUGAAACAUCAGACAACUUUGAUGCACAGUCUAUGCACGAUAAGAUUUUGGAAGUUGUGAGCAUAUCUGGAACAUGGCAUCUUGGAACACUUCAGGUUGGGCUUUCUCGUGCCCGAAGGUUAGCACAAGGUCAAUCUAUUAAGAUCCAACUAUGUGCCACAUUACCUGUCCAAGUGGAUGGAGAACCUUGGAUUCAACAACCAUGUACAUUGACUAUAACACAUCAUGGCCAGGCAUUCAUGUUGAAGAGAGUAGCAGAGGAACCUUUGGGCCAUGCAGCUGCUAUAAUUGCUGAUGUACUAGAAAGUGCUGAAAGCAGUCACGUGAUUGAUGCAUCACAAAAGCGACAUCUUCUCCAAGAAAUGGCUUUGAAGCUUUCUUAGUUUGUUUGCUUGCUUGUUUGUUGUAUAGCUUGCGAGACUCUCGGGUAUCUCUCUUCUAGACCUGCCUUGUGUUUCGAUCGGCUUCUGUAGUUGUUAUUUCAUCCAUUGUUGUGUAUACUUCAACAUGAUGCCUUCUUACCAAAUAUGCGUGUGGAAUAUGUACCUUGAUCAAUUUUGAGUAUCGAGAAAUUGUGUUAUCUUUUCAUUUUUCAAGUAUGUAUUCUAAAGUCUGAAGUUUAUCAUGAAUGAUAAAUUUUGUGUUAUCUUUUCAAUUUUCAAGAAUGUAUUCUAAAGUUUAUUAUGGUUGAUGAUAGUUCAAAUAGUAAGAGUCUUGAAUUAAAUUGAUGA